GUUCCGCCCGAUCUGUCACGUCAAUUUCAGUUCAGCGCACGCGAGCCGACUUCCUUUCUUUCUAGUUUGUUGUGUACCGAGCUAAACAUGCCCAAAGCACGCAAGGAACCCGUCAACGCCGUCCAGGUCUUCGGACGCAAGAAAACCGCGACCGCCGUUGCGUACUGCAAGCGCGGCCGGGGCCUGCUCCGCGUGAACGGACGCCCGCUGGACCAGAUCGAACCCAAGAUCCUCCAGUACAAACUGCAGGAGCCGCUGCUGCUGCUCGGCAAGGAAAAGUUCGCCGGCGUCGACAUCCGCAUCCGGGUUUCCGGUGGUGGUCAUGUCGCCCAGGUCUACGCCAUCCGCCAGGCCAUCUCCAAGGCGCUGGUGUCGUUCUACCAGAAGUACGUCGAUGAGGCGUCCCGCAAGGAGCUCAAGGACAUCCUGACCCAGUACGACAGAACUCUGCUGGUUGCCGAUCCGCGUCGUUGCGAACCGAAGAAGUUCGGAGGUCCAGGUGCCCGUGCUCGUUACCAGAAGUCGUACCGUUAAGCCCCGGUGUGGCGGCCUCCCCACUCUGUGUGUGGAAACUCUGUUCGGUAUCGCCCUGGUUUCGGUUCUGGUUGGCUGGUACUGAAUGUCAGUACAUUCUAAGACUAUGCAGAUAAGGAAGAUCAUUACAAGAAAAUGUGCGGAUUAAAAAGGAAGGAGAAUUCACGAAAAAA